AUGUCUGGUGCGAGCUCGCCAUCGCCCAUCAUUUCGCUUCCCGCAGCUGCAUUCAGGACAAAAAAAUGCCGAAUUCCAAAUGUCGUUGAAACAAACAUUACUGACUAUCCAAAAACAAAGACCGCUGUCGCCAAAAAUAGAGAAAGAAUGGCCGCUGGGCUUCCAAAAGUCACAAUGCUCCAAAGGGACAAAUAUGUUGGCCCAAGGAAGGUUUUCAUGGACCGUCUGCUAGCCUCUCAAGACACAUCGUCAAAAUGUGUUCACGAAACCUAUUACAAAACCCUUGAAUCGGUGAAAGGUGCUUUGCUGCCUAGAAUUCCAGCAGAGCUUUUCCAAGAAACGCCGGAUGUCAUUAAAUACAUUUUGUCUUUAAAGAUGGCUACUAAGGGCGAUCUUUUUGAUGCUAGGAAAGAGGCAAUCAUCCAUGAUCUCCAGGCGCACCAAACCGACACAGGAAGCCCAGAAGUCAUCGAGGAGGCGGAGGAUGCUAUCGUACCUCAAACGCCAAUCUCUUCAGCGGUAUUUUUGCCUGAUGAAAAAGCUGGGAAUAACUCACACCGAUUUGGUUUAAUUGCAUAA